AUGGCGUCUCGCGCCUCUAGUCUGGGUUAUGAGCUAGACGCAAUCCUCACGGCACUUCCAGCAUGCAAGCGAUGUCGAACUAACAGAAGACGGUGUGACACUCAGCUGCCAUCAUGUGAGAAGUGUACUCGGGCUAAGGUCGAAUGUACAUAUUAUGACCAUGUGCUCCAAGAAGAGCUUCCUCGAAGUUAUAUCGCUUCACUUGUUGAUCACUUGACGCAAGAAAAGGACCCGUCGCCCACUCUGGCAGCCACUGAGAAGCAGUCGACUUUUGACAAACUCCCUGAUCGUGUCUCAGAUACUAAGAAGCACCACUUUGGCUUCUCCGAAGGAUCCUAUCGAUAUCUAGGAGAUCAAUCACCCUUGGUGGAGCUUCGACUUUCAGAUGACUCUUCACAAGAGCUAGACGAUAAGUCCUCUCCAGAAUUUCCACCCUGUGCGGCUCCCACGUAUUCAGCGAUGACUCCAGUUCUACAGCAAUACCUCACUCGAAUCUUCUUCGAUUCCAUACAGCCAAUAUACCCGAUCCUGGAUUCAAAAGCACCCUGGCUAUCCCCAGAAACUCUCACAGAUUCUGAACCCAUCCCCUCACAGGAGUUUGUGCUUCAGAUGAUCAAUGCCAUUGCUUGUCAUUGUGACCGGCAUCACACCUCGUCCUUACUUCCAAUAGCAACUUCUGCUCAUACUCAAGCAUUACAAUACAUUGGCAAGGCAACUGCAGAGCCAUCCAUCUUUACCCUGCAGGUCGCGAUAUUACUGGUCUUGUAUACAUUAUUUGACCCGGCAAGCGGCAACUUGAGCCAACGAAUUGGCUUUGCGACUCGACUCGCGAUAGAUCUCGCCGCAGGAGAUAACGAAGAGCAGCCAUCCAUGUUACCAAGGCUACACCAGAUUAUCUACUGCUUAGAAAGUCACUUCUGUGGCACUUUGGUGCGACCUGCGUCACUUCAAGAACCUUCGACUCCAUUGAUAGCCCUAUCUACUACCGAUCCCCUCGAGCUUCAAUGUAAUUUAUAUCGUAUACAGUCGCAACACCGCACCGGCACUCUGGAAGACACCCUCCGCAAUGCUCUCCGCGACCUCAGUCCCGAUCAAAUCGCAAAUCUACAUCCAAAUAUUGCUUCAACUGUUUGGGAAACACGCCUCACAUUAGAGUCUUCGCCAGCCACCGCCAUCCAAUUGGUCAUAGCAUAUUCAAAUGUCAGGUAUAUUCCGACAUUCUUGACAACUCACUGGGCACUCAAGGCUGGUCGAAUCAUUGUUGAUGCAAUUGCUGUGGGCUCGAAGGCUGAUACCGUUGAGUUGUCGUUGGCUUAUGGAAAACUUGUGAGACUCUUGACCAAAUGGUCGGAAAGAUGGAGCAGUGCCUCAACUUUCUUGGAGAGUCUGCAGUACACUUUAGAUGCAUCAUCAGCAAAGAGUGCAAUUGUCAAUCAAGCAUGGUGACCGAAAUCGCCUGGUGCAUAUUAUCAUGGGCUUAAGUUCUGGCGGUGCGAAGUGUGAUCGACUAAGCGAUGGGCCAGGCCUGUCUGUCAACUCUCUCCGGCAAUCAAGGGCAUGAAUAAGUUUAGUCACAUUAAUUGCG